UUGACAAAACACGACUGUCUGUUCCGGCCCCAGUGGCACCACAUGUCCCACCUGAGACAUUUGUGCAUUCAUUUGCUGUAGCUCUAUCAGUUGUGUUUUUCUGACCACUGUCAACUGUGUUGCUGUCUUCUUUUGUGUAAUGAAGCAUGCUUGGAUGUUUCUUAGAGCAGUAUUCACAUGAAGCUCUUUUUCUACAGUCUUUACUUAAAUGUCCUGAUGUCAAACAUCCAAAACACAGACCUUUUCCUUUAAGAAACUCAAGUCUGUCCUUAUAAGGCUGAUUUCUGAUUUUGUGACAUUCUGCCAAUGUGUGUUGUCUUUCACAGUGCAUGCAUGGUUUCUGAAAAGCAGCGCUGAUGUUAGAAGAGUUAGAAUCUUUACCAUUUUCAGGUAAUGUCAUUACAGAAAUAGGUGCUAGUUACAUCCAUGGCGCAUCAGAGCAGAAUCCUGUCUUUUGUUUGUCUUUGGAUUAUGGACUCUUGGAUCCAGAGGCAUCACUUCCUGAAAACAUGGCCAUGGAAGUUGAUGAACGUCCUCCCUUUAUUCCGAACUAUUUCAGCAGUUCAGGUCAGAGGCUGAGUGCUGAAAUAAUGAAUCCUGCUCGGGAUUUAUUCAAUGAGCUAAUGGACGAUAUUAAUGAGUUUCAGGAUCCCAAAGAAAAACCAUGGCCCAACAUUGGACAUUUCCUUCAAUCAGAGGCCAGAAAACGAGCAGCUGAGAGGUGGAAACAUAAGGAUAAAACCACCCAGAAGCUGCUGCUGUGUGCCAUCAGUGCCAUGGUGAAAGGAGAGUGCACUAGCAAUGCCACUACCACCAUGGAAAACAUUGACAUAGAGGGGUAUUGUAUUUACAAGCCUUUACCUGGACUGGACUGCACAUUUCCAGGUGGUUUUGAAGGCCUUGUCAAGAAAUUGAUGAUGGAGCUUCCUGCUGAUUUGGUCUCAUAUAACCGACCUGUACGCUGCAUUCACUGGAACAACACAGAAGACAGAGUGAACACCGUGACUGUGGAGUGUGAUGACGCAGAGAAGAUCACUGCUGAUCACGUUAUCGUCACAGUAUCUCUAGGAUACCUAAAGAAGCAUCAUUCUACCCUGUUCAGUCCUCCUCUCCCUGCUCACAAACUGCUCUCCAUCCACAAACUGGGAUAUGGAACAUGCAACAAGAUCUAUGUCGAGUUUGAUUUUCCGUGGUGGGACGAUGACUGUGAGAUCAUCUAUCUGGUGUGGAAUGAUGAGGAGGACAUUGUGGACCAUGUGUCUGACCUAAAAACAUCCUGGAUAAGGAAGUUGUCAACAUUUACUGUGCUCAAACAUCCUAAAACAGAAACAUAUCAGAAAAACAGCCAUGUUCUGUGUGGAUGGAUUUCAGGGCAUGAGGCCGAGCACAUGGAGACACUUACUGAACAACAACUCAGACAAGCCCUUAUAGGGCUUUUCCACACAUUCACAGGAGACCCAUCUGUAACACCAAAGAGAAUUCUGCGCACUCAGUGGUUUAACGACCCCUGGGCAUGUGGAUCUUUCUGCUACCCAGCAAUAGGCUUCAUAGCUGAUGACCUGAAGAACAUGGCAGAGCCUCUGCCCACAACAGAAGUACAGUCACAACCCUUGCAGGUGUUGUUUGCAGGAGAGGCAACUCAUUCAGAAGCCUUCUCCACCGUUCAUGGAGCUCUUCUCUCAGGCUGGAGGGAAGCUGACAGACUCAUCAAUCACUACUCCUCCUUCAGCUCAUCAAGCUAACAGGACAAACAGAACAGAUGAACACAUUUUCAGUUACUGGAGAAACUUUAUAAAAGUAUUCAAGACAUAUUUGAAAUCAACUGUCCCUUUCUUGUUUAUCCUCUGUUUUCUGUUCUGGUAUUAAUUUUUUCUGAUUACAACAAUGUUGAUGUUUUGGAAGAGAACAAGGAAGAAUUUAAAUUGUUUUUUCUUCUUCCAUGUUGUCUAUCCAAGGAAAAUAGCAGGGUGUGGAUGAGUUUCUCUGGCUAACAGCCCCAAUAACUAGUUAAGAAGGAAGGAUUGUUGACCUGUUUUCAUUCAUUUUGUUGCUUUGAAUUUAUUUGAUCAUAAACUCACAAAAUAUCCCCACCUGUUUUCAGCCUGUCCUGGUCUAAUCAGCUUGAUUGAAUAAAAACACUUAGAUUGAUGUGUAGAAGUUUGAGAAUGAAAGGUCAAAUGAGUAUUUUUUUACUCAAUUUUUAAUAGACUUGCACAUAGAGGUACAUCUUAAAAAAUUAGAAUAUCAUGAAAAAGUUCAAUAUUU